AUAUCUUCCUGCAUCUACAUCUACAGCUUCCACACGCCUCCACCAGCAAUUGGCACCCACCUACACACCUCCCUCGCCAUGCUACCACCCCCGGACAUCCCCGACACUACCACCAACACAACAACCACAACCACCACAUCACCCCUCCCCCUCACCACCGACAAUGCCAUCACCACCACCACCACCACGAAAAACCAUAACAACCAGCACCACAACCACCCCCGCAAACCCAAACCGACGCUCCUCAACCCCCUCCAAAAAGGCAUCACAACCUACCUAACCCACCAUCACAAGGACACCACCCUCCCCAUAUCCUCCCUUCCCAAACGCUUCACAAUCUACGCCCCCCUCCUCCUCCUCCCCGUCAACGCCCUCACCACCCCACCCGCCUGGCACACCCUCUACAGCACUUUAACGCCAACCCAAAAGACGACUCUCUACGAAUGCAUCCUCUCAGCCUUCUCCCGCUACAACCUCACUCACAUCGCCAUGAACGCCCCCAUCGCCCUAACCGACGCACAAGGCACCGAGAACCGCAUGCGCAGUCCCGGCGGCCUACUCCCUCUCCACGGGGACUUUGGGCCCGCGCCCAGCACAAUCACAAACCUGGACUCGCCAACAGCCGAGGACCUGGGACGCGCGUUCUGGGUAAGCACGGUGCAGAAUCAUGGCAUUGAGCAGAUCUGGGCGCCUAUGUAUACGAUGUUCUCGAGGGGGAAUGUUACGGAGAAGGCGCGGAUAUUGGGAUCGGGGAUGGAGGGGUUAGCCAGGGACGAUAUUGAGGGGGCAGGGCGAGGGAUGAGUGUGGUGGAUAUGUAUGCGGGGAUAGGGUAUUUUGUGUUUUCGUACCUCCGGCGCGGGGUGAGGCGGGUUUGGGGAUGGGAGAUCAAUGGGUGGUCUGUUGAGGGCUUACGGAGGGGGUGUGUGGCUAAUGGGUGGGGGUAUGCGGAGGAUGGGGAUAAGGUGGUGGUGUUUCAUGGGGAUAAUCGGUUUGCGGCGCGCGUUUUGGCGCAGAUUAGGGAUGUGAUGGAGGUGAGGGGGCGGUGGGCGCCUGUUAGGCAUGUUAAUUUGGGAUUGUUGCCGUCGUCGGAGGCUGCUUGGGGGGAUGCGUGUCGAAUGGUGGAUGGAAGGUUGGGGGGUUGGUUGCAUGUGCAUGAGAAUGUGGAUGUGAGGCGCAUUGAGGAGAUGAGGGCUCGGGUCACGAGUGAGAUUGGGAGGUUGAGGGGGGAGGCUUUGGAGGUGGAAGAUGAGGUCGUGGCGGAGUGUCGGCAUGUUGAACAGGUCAAGACGUAUGCUCCGGGGGUGAUGCAUUGCGUGUUUGAUGUCAAGGUGCCGGCGCUGGAGUUAUAA